AUGAAUUUCCUGGUUAGUGUAGUUUUCCCUAUCAUCAUGUUGGGUCUCGUCAAUCCGUUGGUGUUCAUCCUACCGUUCACGUCUGGGGAAAUAUCGUCCUACAGCAUGACCGUGUUGUUAGCCUUCACUGUGUACAUGACAGUAGUGAGUGACAAAAUGCCGGGAUCUUCAGACCCUAUUUCUUACGUCUCAUACUACAUACUGUCACUCCUGGCCAUCGGCACCCUCAUCGUCAUCGCCAACAUCUUUCAAAUACAGAUACAAGAAAAGAAUGAGGAACAAGAGCCAGUUCCGAAAUGGAUUUGCAAAUUUCCACUUCUUCUCAUGAAGGUAGAAAGACGAGGACAGGUGAAAGUCUAUGAGGACUCAAACAUCCUGGAAAAGGUCGAUACUAUCGGUACUAAUAGGAUGAAUCUAGAAUCUUUAGAUGAAAGACGCAACAGUCAGGAAUGA